CAGCCCCGGCCCCAGCUCCAGCCAUGGCGCCGCCGCCCUCGGUGCUCUGCCUGUUCGACGUGGACGGCACCCUGACAGCCCCGCGCCAGAAAAUCUCGGCGGAGAUGGCGGCGUUCCUGCAGCGGCUGCGGCAGAAGGUGAAGGUGGGAGUGGUGGGCGGCUCGGACAUGGCCAAGAUCCGCGAGCAGCUGGGCGAGGACGUGAUUGAAAAAUAUGACUACGUGUUCCCAGAAAAUGGCCUGGUAGCAUACAAAGAUGGGAAGUUCUUGAGCAAGCAGAGCAUUCAGGGCCACCUGGGUGAGGACAUCCUUCAAGAUGUCAUCAACUACUGCCUGAGUUACAUUGCAAAGAUUAAACUUCCAAAGAAGAGAGGCACUUUCAUUGAGUUCCGAAACGGGAUGUUAAAUGUGUCCCCCAUUGGAAGAAGCUGCAGCCAGGAAGAACGACUUGAGUUCUAUGAACUUGAUAAAAAGGAGCAUAUAAGAGAGAAAUUUGUAGCUGAUCUACAAAGAGAAUUUGCAGGCAAAGGCCUCACAUUUUCUAUAGGAGGGCAAAUCAGCAUCGAUGUGUUCCCAAAUGGCUGGGAUAAAAGGUACUGCUUAGGAAUUGUUGCCAAGGAUGGAUACAAGACUAUUUAUUUCUUUGGAGACAAGACCAUGCCAGGAGGGAAUGACUAUGAAAUUUUCACAGACUCCAGAACAGAAGGCCACAGUGUCACAUCCCCACAGGAUACAAGAAGAAUCUGUGAAGAGCUGUUUUUUAAAUAAAAGGGUUUGAGAAUUCACACUUCCAAGACGGUUAAAACAGCAAAAUAACUUGAAACAUCAUCUUCCUACUGUAUUGGUUUUUUGUAAUUGGUCAUGAAUAGCAGGUGCUUUGCAGGUCAGUUAUUACUGAAGGGAAAUGUUGUAAUUGAAGACCCCUUGCUGACAGGGAAACACAGCAGACCUCAUUUAGCACCAUCUUUCAGUUCCCAGGUGCAUAGGUACAUUGUUUUCUUUUUGCUUGUGGGGGUUUGGGUUGGGUUAUAUUUUGGAUUGUUUUUUAAGAUACCUGUAAACUUGCUUAACUAGUUCAUUAUUAUUUAGGGAGGGAAGGGGAGGUAUAAUCCUGAUCUAGUUGAUUCAUGGUCUCAAAAUUUGCCUGAAAGGCUUAAUCCCUAUUUUUUUAUGUUGAGGUUGUUUUUUAAAAGAUGCAGGUUUUUUUUUUUUUAAUACUUACCUUGUGCUAUAUGAAUUAAUGUGAAUUAUAAGACAGUUGGGAUUUUCUUGUCUAAAACUGGAAGAUGAGUAGAAGGGAAAGGUUUUAUUUCUUCCUGGGGUUGGGAAGGUGGCACUGAACCAGAAGUCCCUGACUGCUAUCCCUGGGAAUGCUGAACCAGCUGGUGCCAAAAUUCCCUCCUCAGGAUGGACAUGGUGCCAAGGCACAGUCAAGUCAUGAUGCCUACACACUUUGCAGACCAAAUCUAUGAAAUCAUGUGUAAAAAUUACUUAAAAUAACUUUAGCACAUUAGCAAAAUACAUUUCUGCUAGUUUCUGAUCACUUUUUGAGAUUCCUGGCUAAGACAUUAAGGGUAGGUAAGAUUUAUCAUACUACAGAAAUGACCUAAAUUGUUUCUAUUAAAAUUCAAAUCAAUGCCUGAUACUCUGUAUAACUGUUAAUAUUACUUUUCUCAUCUGGCAUUAGGAAAGUAAUCUUGAGCAUGAGCGGUUUGAUUUAGUAAAGGAGAAUAAAAUCUGAUUUUAUCCUGAAAAAAUACUGUUUCAAUUUGUCAUUUUGGUAAAUAAAAUACUUAAAGCAGA